GUUCGAACAUCACUGAAGAGCCGUCCACUUGAUUGAUUGGGGAUUCAAUCUAUCUAGUGUCAGAGACGCACAGCAUCUCAUUGUUAUCGCCCGCCCUGAAUCUCGUUCCGCGCGCAAUGGAUGGUGCUCAAUGGACCAGCCAGAGGGGACCCGCGUUCAUCGGCGUCGCACCGAGUAUGGCAAGCGAUCGAAGCAAGGGUGCCGGACAUGUAUUACUAAGAAAGUAAAGUGUGAUGAGCAACACCCACGAUGCAAGCGCUGUAUCCGCCUUGAUUUACACUGUGAAUGGACGGAACAGGUACCUUCGCUCACUCUCAGAAGACGCGGAUGGGGACCCAUCAAGGCGCGAGAUAGCUGGACACCUAAGUCAAUCACACCGAAGCCUGCCGCUUGCGGGAGCAAGAAACUGGAGGAAUGUGAUGCCGACAUUCUCUCAGACAGUCCGAACGAUUUGCAAGACACCGUCAUGUAUGAAGAAGAUCGCAAGACGCGAUCAGCCAGCCCAAAUACAGACCGACUGUUGAAACGGACCCGUGCUCAGGAUCUACGGGAAAUGAGGGUUGAGAAAGAGCCCUGGCUUAUGGAGGCAGACGAUGACGCCCUGGCUUCUAACUUAAGCGUGGACAGGUCUACGCACGCCAAUAUGGAUUCAGAUCUGCCUUUGACAGGACAUCAAGAACCAGACAACCACAAACGAAGUAUCAUGACUGUUCCCUUGCUUUCAGACGCUUUGCUUCAGUCUAAUUUAUUGACGGUGGCGACGUCUAUGUUAUUCGCUGGUGUGCCAUCUGUUAUGGUCAGCGGCAGCGACUAUCAAGCAGUCGAAUUUCAUCGUGUAAUCUUCGCGCCAUUGAAGUCAACUCGCAGUGCAGCCGUGUCUGCACAUUCCAUCUUCCUUGAUCGCGCUCUUAGCAACACUAUGGCAUUGCACUUCCUGCUUGCUGUUUCACACAGCGAACUUGCAAUCCACCGGGGCCAUGGCAUGCAAACGCCGCCGGAAUCAUGGCUCCACUUCAACCGCGGGUCACAGCUUCUUUUUGAUGCCGGCAAUGUGGUGUCACAGUCUGAUCACGUCGGAGUCUUACUUUCGUUCCUGUAUAUGUAUAUGUUUUGGAUGCGGCGCGACCCCUUCAACAACUCAAUGUUGCGAGAGCUUAGCCGAGCAGUCCUCCUUCACGUCGAAACCUACGCCUUAGAUGACCUUUGUGCGAACGCUGACCUUGGCGAACCCGAAGCGUCGUCAUGGACAGACAAAGUUUUGCUGUCUCGUAUCCUAACUUACUUGUACGACCGAGACGGUUUCUGCUGUUUUUUUGGUUGCGGCGGAGCUUUCGCAGGCUAUGUAAACGUGCAUCAUGAGAAACGAGCACGUAUGUGGCGGUUGUCGCAGACGGGAUUUUCAGCUUCGGCAAGAAACAACUCCACAGCCAUGUCUUCUGGACAGCCGACCAUUUCGCAGAAUGCGAAGGUCACCGAUGUAUAUUUCCAAUUGAUCGCUAUCCAUCAUGAUAUCAAUCGGUACAGUCAGAACAUGGAAGCACAAGAUAUGGGACAGGAGACAAGAAUCAAACACGAACUACAGCGAAUGGAACUGGAACAACGUUGGUUGGUUGAAAUGGUCGAAGACUGUAGGGCACAAACAACACCACCGUCUCUCAUGGCGCUCGUGACUGUGACGUUCUACUAUGCACUGCAGAUAUACUUCCACCGUAGUCGAAAUUCUGCUUUUGGAGAGCUCCCGAUACCUGCUAAGGUGCAGAUUGCUCUGUCUCAACUAGUGGCAACUGCGUAUUACACUGUGGCAACUGGCCCAGUUCAGCUUCUGGAGCGCUUUCAGUGGGCAUUGCUGAUAGCAGGGACCGAGACCCGCGAUCCUAUUCAUCGGGAGUGGAUAUCUAGGACCAUAGCCGACCCCGGUAUGAAAAGCGCCCUGCAACUGAUUUUAGACGCCAAGAAAAGUUACUGCAUCUCAAUGCGGGCGAUCCGACAACUUGUAUCUGGGGUAAGCCACCCUAGCUGAACUCCACAACUAGGGAUGAUAGGCGGGCUUUCCAGUCACAAUGGCUGGAACGUGAACCUACUGGCCGUGCUCGUCGAUUAAACCGACCAAUGACAGACGAGGGCAUGGUUAGUCUGAGUCGAGACCAUCUUUGUGGGUCUGAUAGGGAGUCGGCAUUCGGAUGGGUCGCCAGCUCUCCUUAU